UCUCCAACUAAAUUCAUUUUCCAUCCUGCAGAAGAGCGAGCGAGCGAGGGAGAGAGAGAGAGAGACUCCGGAGAAGAAAGAGUGGAGAUAGCGAGUAGGUUUAGGGGUUGUUGAGUAUGAUGAUGCCCGGUGGGAAUGGGGAUGCCCUCGGCGGCAGGAUGGCUGUUAUGCCACUGCAGCUGAAAACGGUUGCGGCGGAGAUGUCGGCGAUGACCGGCCGGGCAGGAAACGAAGGGGGAGGCGUAGGGGGGCAGAGAACGAAGGAAGAUAAGGUGUCCCAGUCGCAGUGGGGGCAGCAGGAGACGAGGGAACUGAUAGCAAUUCGUGCAGAUUUUGAGCAGGAUUUCACGGUGGUGCGGCGGAAUAAGACUUUGUGGGAGGCGGUUUCUUUGCGGAUGAGGGAUAAGGGCUACCAACGGAGCCCGGAUCAAUGCAAGUGCAAGUGGAAGAACCUCAUCAAUCGAUACAAGAGUACAGAGACUGGUGAAGCUGAAAAUGGUAGACAUUGCCCGUUCUUCGAAGAAAUACACUCUGUGUUAACAGAACAUCCUAGUAUGCAGCGUCUUCUCUUGGAAUCAGAAGCGGGAACUCCCAGAUCAAAGAAGAACCCAAAGAGACUUAUCAGUGAGAGAUUAUAUGAUGAGCUUUCAGAUGACGACGAUGAUGAAGAUGAAGAGAGUGAUCAAGAACGGCCCAGUCAAGGCAAAAAGAGGAAGGCGGAGAAGAGUGUUCAGCAUCAGCAGCAAAGCAGAGCUGCUGCUGCUGCUGCCGAUAAGUCAAGAGCAGCCAAUUCUGUUCAUGAGCUACUGCAGGACUUCAUGCAGAAACAGCAGCAGAUAGAGUCCCAUUGGUGGGAGAUGAUGGAGCGAAGAGCUUUCGAGAGACAGAGAUUUGAGCAAGAAUGGAGGCAGUCAAUGGAGAAGCUGGAGAGGGAGAGAUUGAUGCUCGAAAGGGCAUGGAGGGAGAGGGAGGAGCAGAGGAGAGUGAGGGAAGAGUGUAGAGCUGAGAAGAGAGAUGCUCUGUUGACUGCACUCUUAAAUAAGCUUAUUCAGAAUGAUCUAUGAGAAGAGUGUGAUGCUCUGAAGCCUCCAGAUGGGGAUCAAUUCCACAAUCCAGGCCUCUGCAGGACUAUAGGUAUAGUUUCAAUUAUAUCAUAGAAUAUAGAAAAUAUUUAAUCACAGUUUCUUUUUUAAAAUUUUUUUUGGAAUUCUUCAACUUGUCUUAAGAGUUGCAGAAAGUUGUUUUAUAGUCGGCGUGCCAUUUCGAUAUGUAUUUAGGAGCAGAGGAUAUAAUUAAUGUGUUAUCAGAAAUACUAACUUCACUGAUAAAUCUGUUAUAACUUAUAAAUAAUAUAAUUGCUUGCUUGUUUUUCUGUA